CUUCACAUAGACGCGUAUAUUAAGGCUCCGCGCGCCGGUGUAUUUAUAUUCCCAGCGCGUCCUUUGUGUGCUGUCGUCUCUGUGCGUCUGUUUUAUUCCACACGGAGCUCGGAUCUCCUGAUUUAUUUCUAACUUCCUGAUUUUCAGAGGAUCAUUCGGACACAGAGCUGAGCCGCAGAUGUGCGCGAGCGCGGUGCGGGUUUGCGCGGUGCGGGGAUGGUGAGAGGAGCUCGAGACCUGCUUAUCUUCUUCAUCUUCAUCAUCAGCGCUGCUGUGGAUUUGCCAGGGAUUUAUCUCUCUCGGGACGCAGGGACAGGAGCCAAGCAGCGAGCCUGAGGUGGGCAGGAGCAGGAAAAAACAAACAACAACACCCGACAGGUUCUGCAGCAGGAUGCGACAGUGAACCCUCUCGUCUGCUCAUGAUGAAGAUAUUUGGGGGCCCGUCCUGUGUGGGCCAGACCAGCUGCUUCAACAACAGCUCCAAAGAUUACUGCUACUCGGCACGGAUCCGCAGCACCGUGCUACAGGGCCUGCCCUUCGGAGGAGUGCCCACUGUGCUCGCUCUCGACUUCAUGUGCUUCCUGGUACUUCUCUUUGUCUUCUCCAUCUUGCGGAAGCUGGCGUGGGAUUACGGCCGGCUGGCGCUCGUGACCGACGCUGACAGACAGAAGAAGAGAUUCAACGGCCUGGAAGAGCGGGAAUACGUGGCUUCAGCAUUGCAUUCAGAAACUCCAGAUCGUUACGAGCGCCUCACCUCCGUCUCCAGCUCCGUGGAUUUUGAACAGCGAGACAACGGUUUCUGCUCUUGGCUGACGGCCAUAUUUCGAAUAAAGGACGAGGAGAUCCGUGAGAAGUGUGGCGAGGAUGCCGUGCACUACCUCUCCUUCCAGCGCCACAUCAUCGGGCUGCUGGUGGUGGUGGGCGUGCUGUCGGUGGGCAUCGUCCUGCCCGUUAACUUCUCCGGAGACCUGCUGGAAAACAAUGCGUACAGCUUUGGCCGCACCACAAUCGCAAACCUGAAUUCGGGGAACAACUUGCUGUGGUUGCACACAUCUUUUGCGUUCCUGUACCUCCUUCUCACCGUCUACAGCAUGAGACGCCACACCUCAAAGAUGCACUACAAGGAGGACGACCUGGUGAAACGCACUUUAUUUAUAAAUGGCAUCUCUAAAUAUGCAGAGGAGAUUCAGAUCAAGCAGCACUUUGAGCAAGCCUACGAGAACUGUGUCGUCCUGGAAGCGCGCAUCUGCUACAACGUGGCCAAACUCAUGGCUCUCAACGCCGAGAGGAAGAAGGCUGAGCGUAGUAAGAAGUUCUUCACAGAUCUGCAGGCGAAGGAACACAUGCCCACCAUGAUCAACCCCAAACCCUGUGGCCACUUGUGCUGUUGUGCCAUUAAAGGUUGUGAAGAGGAGGAAGCAGUGAGCUACUACACGAAGCUGGAAGCGAAACUUAAGGAGGAAUACAGGAAGGAGAAGGAGAAGGUCAACACCAAACCUCUGGGCAUGGCUUUCGUCACCUUCCAAAAUGAGGCCAUGACUGCAAUAAUCCUGAAAGACUUUAAUGCGUGUCAGUGUCAGGGCUGUAUGUGUCAUCAGGAGCCGCGUUCCUCUCAGUUCAGCGAGAGUCUUCACAUCUAUAACUGGAGUGUGACCUACGCUCCUGACCCCCAGAAUGUGCGCUGGGAGCAUUUGUCUCUGGGAGGCGUUUCGUGGUGGAUCCGUUGCUUAAUCAUUAACUGCAUCCUCUUCCUACUGCUCUUCUUCCUCACAACCCCGGCCAUCAUCAUUUCCACCAUGGACAAGUUUAACGUUACCAAGCCAGUGGAGUAUCUCAAUAAUCCUAUCAUCACCCAGUUUUUCCCCACUCUCCUGCUGUGGGCUUUCUCUGCGCUCCUGCCCACCAUCGUCUACUACUCGGCUUUUUUCGAGGCCCACUGGACCCGGUCGGGAGAAAACCGGACCACCAUGCACAAAUGCUACACUUUUCUCAUCUUCAUGGUCCUUUUGCUGCCAUCUCUGGGCCUCAGCAGUCUGGAUGUGUUUUUCCGCUGGCUGUUCGACACACAGUUCCUAGCUGUUGCCGCUGUCCGAUUUGAGUGCGUCUUCCUCCCUGAUAACGGAGCGUUUUUUGUGAACUACGUGAUAGCGUCUGCAUUCAUCGGGAACGCAAUGGAUCUUCUUCGCAUUCCGGGUCUUCUUAUGUACAUGAUCCGUCUGUGCCUGGCUCGAUCUGCUGCUGAGAGACGCAAUGUCAAACGGCACCAGGCCUAUGAGUUUCAGUUCGGUGCAGCCUAUGCCUGGAUGAUGUGCGUCUUCACCGUCGUCAUGACGUACAGCAUCACCUGCCCAAUCAUCGUGCCCUUCGGCCUGAUGUACAUGCUGCUAAAGCAUUUAGUGGAUCGCUAUAACAUGUACUAUGCUUACCUGCCCUCAAAACUCGACAAGAAGAUCCACUCCGGAGCCGUCAAUCAGGUGGUGGCCGCGCCCAUCCUCUGUCUCUUCUGGCUACUGUUCUUCUCCACUGUACGCACAGGUUUCAUGACUCCGACGUCCAUGUUCACGUUUGUGGUGCUCAUCAUCACCAUCGUGGUUUGUCUGUCGCACGUCUGCUUCGGCCACUUCAAGUAUCUCAGCGCUCACAACUACAAGAUUGACACUAAGGACAGCGAGGUGGACGGCAUGGAGAACGGACGUCCAGCACGCUCCUCACCCUCCAACAAAUCUCCGCAGCAGAUGUACAUUGCGCAGGUUCUGCAGGACCCGAACUGUGACGAGACAGGUGGAGGCAGCGGAGAGGACGACGGCCAGGGAUCCUCGCAGGACGAGGAGAUGAUCAACGGAGGCAACAGCCUGAAUGAGGCCGACUUCCAGUCUGGGGAAGACAGCCUCAUCGCCAACGAGGUCCGCCACUAACACCAGCACUGAUGGAGAGAGAGAGGGAGUGAGAGAGAGGCGAGAUGGAUGGCGUGUGGUGGGGACUGAAGGUGGACCAGAGAUCCAUGCUUAUGCUUUCCACAUGUUUGUGCGAGCUGUGUGUCAUCUCCAUCAUGAGCAGACCCAAGUGUGAAGGUUCCUGAGGAGUAUGUCGCUUCAGUGUUCACGACUCCUCCUGCCAAAAACACUGCAAUCAAGUCGAGCACCAACAUCAAGCACAAACUGCACGUAUUGAGCGUAUCUUCACACACUACAUGCGUUAUUCCUGAUGUCUGUUGUGGACUACAUGCAAGUAGACAGUUUACACACUUGGAAUUUGUGUUGCAAAAAAACUGGUCAUGCAAAAAUCAGUAAAUUGUGUGUGAUCAUCUCUAUCAAAGAAAAGUGUAUUUAUGAUCUUUUUGCUUUUUAUUUAUUAAAUUCAAACUCUCCAUGAGGGGAAAGGAGAAGCCUGUGAAUGCAGCUGAAUGGAAAUCCACAACUUAGCCGCAGGUCUACUACAAUAACUCCUAAGUGGUCAAGCAUACGGGAAGGAUUUCCAGACACAACCAUAACACUUGGAAAAGAGACAAUUCACCUCUGAAGGAAAAAAACAAAACAAAAGAAAAGUUCAGUCAUCUCCAAAAGAGAGGCCAGGUCUGUGGAAUGUUUUCUGCAGUAACUCAUCUCUCUCUAGGACUUGAUCUCUCUGUCACGCCGAUCAACACUAAUAAUAUCAUCUCACUGCUAGUUUAUAGAAUAAGUUGCUCCCGAAGCGGGCUUGCUUGCCCCGUCUGUCUUUCUUUACCUAAGAGAACUGAUUUAACAUCAUUCCAAAGCACAUGUGCAAUAGAGAAGAGAAAAGAUCACAGUGCCCAGCCUCCUCAUUCUAAGAUAAGUCAUCCUUGAUUGACAUUUUAUUAUUAUAUAAGGUUCUAUCUGGUGGAAGAUGCCAUCAAAGCAAAUAAAGCUCUUAAGGUGCUGUAAUGUUUGAACUUCUAACGUUCUUAUCUGAUGAUUUUUGAUGAAACAGUCCCAUAAUCUUGAUAAGUAAGGAAUAAAACACUUGGGGGCAUGCUGUUAUAUGAUUCAGCAACAGCAACUGGUUACAGCUACCACCUCAAAGUUGAUUAUUUUCCUAUAACAGCACAUCCCAGGUGUAUUCCUUAUACCACAGUGAUUUGCCUGUGGCAGAAGAGCUACGUAGUGGGUUGGAAUUGGGGAAAUUUGGAGAAAAUGGUAAAUAUUCAUACAAUAGUCACCCCACACAUUACAAACUCUCAUGCUAGCCGGGAUGCUAGGUGUUCUUCAGUCCCAGUUAUGCUGGCGAGUUCCGUUUAUUAAGCGCAUUGCAUGUAAUGUCUUUAACGUAAUAUUUAUUUCGAACAUUGAGCUCUAAUUCUAAUCUGGCUUUAGCUACAUGAUUAACUUUCGAAUGUUUCAGAAUGUUUUACUAAAAUGUUCUUUCUCCUCAACAUUCUGAGUCUUCGAUACUGAUCUCUUCUGUUAAUAGCUAAAUAGAUAAAUGGAUAUUGAUUGUCCAUGGCUGCCUGUUGUGCUUUCAUCCUGGAUGAUGAUUUCCUGGCAGAUAGAACCUUAUAAAACCUUAUCAAAGUUUAUCUGCAAGUUUGGAGAUAGAACUUUUAGGUUUUUUUUUUUUUUUUUUUUUUUUUUUUUUUUUUUUAAUAUCACAUGGAAAAACUUUACAAAAUAAAAAAAAAACACCAUACGAGAACUCAUUUUCGAGUUCAUAGCUCACCAAAAUGCCAGAUAGAAAUUUAUAAUGCUGAGCUCACAAUGUGAAGAAUUUUUUUUUCUUUUUCAAUCUUGUACAAGAUUGGCAUGUUUGAUCUCACAUCUUAGAGUUAAGUUCCUACAGCAGAAGAAUCCACUGGGGGCAACACUGGCAUCUUGAUGUGUUUUUUGUUUUUAAUUUUGAUUUCACCUUAACUACCUUAAUAGAUGUGUUUGUAUACUCUAUUAAAAAAAAAAAUUUAAAAAAAAACACACACACACACACACACACACACUCAAUCACAUUGAGCUGUUCGGGUUUAGUUACAGAGUCGAAGAACCGCAGUUCCGAAAUGAACCGAAAAAUUUCACAACCUGUUCAUUUUUGUUUUUAUUUUUUAUAUAUAUAUUUUUUUCACUCCCUUCCUCUCUUGAUAUUCCUGGUCCACUGUUACAUGCUCAUGUAUCAAGUCCAAAAAGUGAAGUGAUAACCAAGUAAAGAAUCCCAACAUCUUUAUUUAAAUCUAACUGGCAGUUGUGCUACACUGGAAAAUCACAAACAAACUGGAUUUCGCACAAGAAAGUGGGUCAGUACCACUGGUUUGCAUCAUCUUCCCGUGUUUUCUAAAAAUUUCUGGAUUUGUUUAAGAUGGUAGAGAGAUGAAAUGGAGAGGGGUGGAUUAUUGGCCAGCUUUUUAGCUAGAGCUACUUUGCACUUCUAUUUUAUAGGUACAAUUUGAAAGAAAUCGGAGAAAUCUGAUGCCACUUCUCCAUAAAUGUGGGUUCCUUUGAUGAAAACCUUCAUUUCUUUUGUUUUGUGAAUGUAAAAAAUGCAUAAAAGAUGAAUAAAACCUGUCUUUGGCACAUGUAGGUAUACUCUGCCAUCCAGCAGUCGUCCAGUAAGUCAAAGAUGGAAAAAAAAAACCCUCCGUUUUUGUAAUGCAGUGCAAUGUUGGUGAAGUGCAUUAUGGGAGGUUGCAUUCCUAAACUUUUUAGUGAAUCAAAAAACUUUAGAAAAAAAACCCUGAGCUGCAACUUGUCAGUAAAUGUUGUAGUGCCAUGUCAUUAUUUUGACCUCCUUUUAUGACUUUUUUAACUAAUUUGUUAUUUUGAGGCAAUAUUUUAGCUUAAUAUCUCAUUAUUUUGACUUAAUUAUCCAAAAAUAAUGAGUUGUCUCAUUACUGUGAAAUUAUUUAGACUCCUAACUGUUAAACUGCCAGAAUUCCUAUGCUCUUAGUGAUCAUUUUGAAGUAUAUGUAUAGUGUGAACUGAAUUUCGCUAAAGCAAUGUCUGGCGCACAUACUAUCUGAGAAACAGCAGAAAGAAUGAGAACUGUAAGCUAAUAUAUUAAAUAAGUAAGUCUUAGUGCUAGAAUGUGGGGUGUUAAAUAUUUAGUUGAAAUAAUGGGUUAACGUCGAAAUAAUGAGUUACUAUUCCAAAAUAAUUAUAAUUAAGUUGAAAUAACAAGUAUAUACAGUAUCUAAUUGAAACAAUUACUUAAGUCAAAAUGAUAAAGUUAAAUCGAAACAAUGAGUUAAGUCAAAAUAACGAAGUAAGUCGAAAUAAUGACUAAGUCGAAAUAACACUAAUGAUGAGGUCAAAACAAGGAUAUCUUGAAAUAAGUUGAAAUAAGUUGAAAUAAUGAGAUGUAAUUUUGACUCGACUUAUUUCAAUUUAAUUAGUUACACUGAAAUAAUGAGAUAUUGUCAAAAUAAUGACAUCAUAAAAUAAGUUAAGUUGAAAUAAUGAGUUAAUGUCAAAAUGAGUUAAGUGGAAGUCAUGAGAAGUUGAAAUAAUGACAUUAAAUUGAAAUAACGAGUUAAAUCAACACAAGAUAUUAGAUAUUUUUAAGAUGCUAAGACAAAAAUGACUUAAAUUAUAUUAAGUAAAAGUGAUUGUAUCUUGAAAUAGCAAGUUAAAUGGACGUAAUUAGAUGCUAUUUCGACUUGUUACUUCAAGUUAUUAAGUCAAAAUAAUAACAUAGCACUUUGAGUUUUUUUCACAUUUUUUGGGGCUUCAGUACAAACCUAGCUGCUCACUGUGCACUGGUUUCUUUUCCACCAAUAUAUUAUGGAUCUCAGAUUUAUGAGCAGAGACUCCACCAUCUUUCCAACGUUCGAUUUUAUGAUGAUGUACUACUUCUAUUUCUGGAACAUGCAAUAUUGUAAGCAGAGCUGAAUACAGGAGAUAACUGGUACUGUCUCAGUGCAGUGACUUGAGGAACUUUUGAACAGUCUCAGGUGUUCUUUAUUUACUACACAAUGUUUACAUCUGUCUUUCUUUUUUUUUUUUUCUUUUUUUUUGUGGUAUGCUGCUUUUUUUGCGCACCCCCCUCGUUUCCAGGCUCCUCACUGGUAGACACAAAGGUAACCUAUGAAAGCUGUAGCUACGCAUGUGUGUAAAUAUUUGGUCGCCUGUAGAUGUUGUGCAGCCUUUUUUCCCCCAGCUUUUUUCUUUCUGCUUUUCCUCCCAUGUCGUCUGAAUGCUGUAGCUACAUGCUGGAGAUACUGAAGCAAAUUUGUGUCUGUCUUUGAAUACGUUGCGGAAACGAUGCAGCGUGUUUGUACAGGACUGUCAUUUGUAACGCACUUAAAGUUGAACUCGUGUGAAGGUCAGUUUGAGUUCACCUCCUAUUUGAGCUCUAGGGUAAAGUCAUGAUGGAGGGUUUCUAAAAAUGACAAAGGCCUGAGGGUAUUUUUGUAAACACUUGAAGAAAAUAUCUAAAACGGUUGAAGUAUUUGAUACCAGUUGUGUAUUAAAGGGAUGUCGAUAACUAGCUUUGCUCUUGCUUUUUAAUGUCUGUUUAAUGUUUUUUUUAAACCAAUAUAACUAACUGUUUAAGUUACGAAGUAAGUAAUGUCUUUAAUAACAAUUUGGGCAGAAAAAUAUUGUCAGCUAGUCUUUAGUUAAUCAAUAUGGAUGAAUGGAUGUGAACUGUGUGUGUGUAUAUACACUUCGGUUAUGGCACUGUCAUCGUGAUGGUGUUCCAAAGCACAUAUGUACAGUUUGUACAUGUCUUGAUUAAAUGGUGGGAUCUAAUAGGUUAUGUAUAAAGGGUGAAAGUUUGCUUCUUCGUUGCUAGUUUCCACCACUGAUGUAUUAAUACAAUUAAGCCAGCCACUAGUUUAAUUUGAAGCUGUAAGAUUUGUUUGACUGGGUGAUAUUUAUUUUUACACUUUUUUGGUCUGAUUGUCGUCUCCCUGGUGAAGCAUUUGUCACAUAUUUAGUUUGUUGAUCAAUAAAACUUGCUAUUCAUUG